AUCCUCUCGAGGCGGUUGAGGAAUUAGAACUAAUUGGUAAUUUGCUAAUUAGCUAUAUUUUUAAAAUAUUAAAGUAAUGUCUUGUUGGUUGGCUUAACAUAUCAUAUCAUGGCGAGCAGGAGAAAUGGCAGCGCCGGACGAAAGAAGGAAAUUGCAGAGCAUCAAAAGGAACGUAGACGCGCUCUGCAGGCCCGCCACCGUGCCACAUUGGCUGGGCUCUUUGACAACUUGAGAAAAGUGGUGUGCCCGUUAGAAAAGACACCGGCAAAGUGGAAGAUCCUGCACCAUGCCAAAGACUUCUUUCAGGAACAGGAGGCCUAUUUGGAGAAACUGUUGUCAUUGAAAGAGACGUUCCUGUUGGACGCUGACGGGCCUUACAGCCUACAGGAAGUGAGAGACGAGUAUCGCCGUCAGCAUUGCCAGCGCAGCGCAUCCAGAGACCGCUCUGCGUGCCCUGUCUGGAAGCCGGGUCAGGGGUGUCCCGGCCCGCGUGCAGCGGGCGGCUCGGGCAGCAGCAGUGAGGCGGACCCGGCGGAGGACCUGGGCCUGUCCCAGUCCACCCCCACCUCCCAGCCCGACAUCCUGGAGUUUGAGGGGUACCUGCUCUUCUACAGGAGGACGCUGGAGAGGCUGCUGGGGGGCGGGGUGCUGCUGCCGGACCAGACGGGCCUGCCCGUGGUGUCCGAGGCCAUUUCGGCCCUGUGGCAGAGCCUUCCCCUGGAGCGGAGGGCCUCCUACCAGGACCGCAGCCAGGAGCAGAGCUCCUUCCCCUGGGGAGGCCCCUCUGAGGAGCCCCCUCUCCCCGACACCCCCGGCUGCUCCUCCCAGAACAGCCAGGGCGCAUCUGGAUCCUCCGGCUCCACCUUUGAAGAGGACCUGCUCCAGGAUGCCUACGACGUGGUUCAGAAGGACCUGUCUUCAGGUGACAGCCCAGAGCUGGACUUGCAGAAGCAGAAGGAGCUGUACGACCACAUCAUCAGCUUCGUGAAGAGGCACAUGGCGGAGGAGUUCACACAGGUGAGGACGAGGAAGGUGAGGUUUCCUCUCGCCUUUUUCCAGAUGCACCCUGGGUAACGGUCCGUUCAAGUGUCCUUCCCGACCAGCGCCGUGUUUCCUGAAGCAGCAGGAUUACAGAGUGAGCUGGAUAACUGCGCCGAGUAAAACACAGAACAGCUCUUAACUCCAGUCCAGAUGGUCCACAUUUUGGGAGGGUUCCGGGUUUUACCCAGCGCAGUCCUCCAGCUAACCCAGUAAUCCUGCUUCGUCAAACAAGGCCGAUGUCUAUUGGUCAGUCCACAGUCCUGUGCAGUCCUCAUUCUGGUGUAGCCCAGACCAGCAAGAAAAAUAAAAACCUGUGACCAGUGACUGAUGUAACUGAAAAGUGGUUUGCCCUCUAAACUUUGCGCCCCAUGUGACAGAACUCCUGUCUUCCUGUUCCUCCAGGAAGUGUGCCAGUUUCUGAGGUGCACCGAAACCUUCGACGACGACUUGUGAAACAAGCUCCGCCCCCACACUGUUUUUUUUAUCUUCUUUUCAUGAUAUUUAAAACACUAUACUAUUAAAAAUACUAUUUAUGUUAUUUAUCAGAAAAAAAAGUUUGUUUAAAAUCAAAAUAAUCUGCUCCAUUUAAGAUACUGUGUGUAAUUUUUGAACCCCUGACCGUGUUUUUCUUCUUUUCAUGAUAUUUAAAAUACUAUACUAUUAAAAUACUAUUUGUUAUUUAUCCAAAAAAAAAGUUGUAAGAUCUAAAUCAUCAGCUGUGUGUCAUUUCUGAACCUCUGUUCACGCAUUAUUGACGUACCUCAGGACCGU